ACCAGUUUGCGCAACGACAACACCGUGGGAACCCACGAAACAACUUUAGCAAGGGGGCAUUAGACAAGAAAUACAACCGCAAUCAUGUCGACCACAGUAGAUAAGAUCAAGCACAUCGAGGAGGAGAUGGCCAAGACCCAAAAGAACAAGAACACCUCCUUCCAUCUUGGUCAACUUAAAGCCAAACUUGCGAAACUCAAGCGCGAGCUCCUCACUCCUUCAUCUAGCGGUGGUGGUGGCGGGGCAGGCUUCGACGUUGCGCGCACAGGUGUCGCCUCCGUGGGCUUCAUCGGCUUCCCUUCCGUAGGAAAGAGUACCCUGAUGAGUCGACUGACUGGUCAACAUUCCGAGGCUGCGGCAUACGAGUUCACAACGCUCACAACGGUUCCUGGUCAGGUGGAGUACAACGGUGCGAAGAUCCAGAUGCUGGAUUUACCCGGUAUUAUUGAGGGAGCGAAGGACGGAAAGGGUCGUGGACGACAGGUUAUCGCCGUGGCGAAGACGUGUCAUUUGAUUUUUAUCGUGCUGGACGUGAAUAAGCCGUUGACUGACAAGAAGGUCAUCGAGGCGGAACUGGAGGGCUUCGGGAUCCGUGUCAACAAGUCGCCGCCGAAUAUCGUCUUCAAGAAGAAGGAUAAGGGUGGACUGAGCAUCACCAACACCGUCCCGCUGUCGCACAUCGACCACGAUGAGAUCCGUGCCGUCAUGCAGGAGUACAAGAUUAGCAGCGCAGAUAUCGCCAUUCGCUGCGACGCCACCAUCGACGACUUGAUUGAUGUGCUCGAGGCGAAGAGCCGGAGUUACAUCCCUGUUAUCUACGCACUGAACAAAAUCGAUGCCAUUAGUAUCGAGGAGCUAGACUUGCUGUACCGGAUUCCAAACGCUUGCCCGAUUAGUUCCGAGCACGGCUGGAAUGUCGACGAGCUCAUGGAGCAGAUGUGGGAGAAGCUAAAGCUAGUCCGCGUAUACACCAAGCCAAAGGGCAAGCUGCCCGAUUACUCAUCUCCAGUCGUUCUGCGCUCCACACGCUGCACCGUCGAAGAUUUCUGUAACGCCAUCCACAAAACUAUCGUCGACGACUUCCGCUCUGCGAUCGUUUACGGCAAGUCCGUCAAGCAUCAACCCCAGCGUGUCGGUCUGAGCCACGAGCUCGGGGAUGAGGAUAUUAUCACCAUCGUCAAGCGCUGAGACCAGACCACCUAAAGGACAGAAAACGAUAAGGAGCCGCGGUUGUAAAUGAGGAGUUGGCGUUGAAGGAUUAAAUGUACGGGGGACAUCGGGCUGGCUACGACUAGAGGGGGUAGUCGAAAGAUAGUGUCGAAGCCAAGGACGGGGAUGGGGGCGGAAAAGGCAUAAAAAUGCCUGCGCCACGCGCUGGGUCCUAUAGGGGGCAUUUGCACACGUACAGACGUAGAAGUGGUCAGUUAUGCCUUGGUUCCGCAUUAGACGGCCAGGUGGAUUUAGAGCACUUAAAAUUUAUAUUUUUUCUCGGAUUACAUAUUUAAUAUGCGGCUGCGACUAACAAUUAUAGAUGUAGACAGUUGAAAUUAAAGUAGAUGUAGAAGCAGAAACAGGGUUGCCGUUUAGAUUAGAGAUCACUCAUAUUACUCUCAUGGAAUGGAUGUUACAGGAUAUCAAAGAGAUAUCGAAGACAGACAAUAUUGUCGAUCGAGAAGGACGUUUAGAUCGGUACUUUAUUGUACAGAUUUCAUUCACUCCACUGUUGCUCUCUCGUCAAUGUCACCUUCUUGUCGCCGCCAUGAACCAUUGUCGCUCCUAUUUCAC